UUAAUCAUGGGAAGAGACAUAAUAAUUCUAUACCAAAAAAAACUAUGAAAAGAAUAUUAAGUGGAAAAAAAGAGGUGAUGAUAAUAAAAAGAAAAGCACGCAACAAGGGCUUCCCCACACCAUCCUCUCCCAACAAGAGCCCAUUCCUGUUCCUCCACCACCGAACACACACGCCCUUUCCUUCCUUCAUCACCUCGCGCUAACCUGCGCCCCCUGCUUAAAUUGCGCACUCCUUCUUUAUCCCAUUCUUUCCUCAGAUUCGGAAAAAAAAAGCUUUCCGGUGCUGGGGAGCCUAGGGUUAGGGUUUCUGAGAGAUGUGGGAUGUUCCAUGCAUUGAUGAGCCUUAUCGCGCGCUGUUGGAAGCCGUUCGGGCACGGUGACGACGCCGCUAAUGCCGCCGCCGCCGCCGGAAGAGAAUGCAAGGACGGCCUCCUCUGGUUCCGCGACAUCGGAAAGUUUGCCGCCGGCGAUUUCUCCAUGGCCGUCGUCCAGGCCAACCAGGUCCUCGAGGACCAGAGCCAGAUCGAGUCCGGCGCCUUCGGCUCCUUCGUCGGCGUCUACGACGGCCACGGCGGCCCCGAUUGCUCCCGCUAUGUCUGCGACAACUUGUUCCGCAAUCUCCAAGCGAUAUUGGCUGAGUCACAGAGUGUUGUGACAUCUGAGGCCAUUCAACAGGCGUUCCGGCGGACUGAGGAGGGGUUCACGGCGCUUGUUUCGGAGCUGUGGAGCUCCCGGCCGCAGAUUGCGACUACUGGGACGUGUUGUUUGGUUGGGGUUAUUUGCCGGCAGACGCUCUUUGUGGCGAGUCUUGGAGAUUCCCGUGCUGUGUUGGGUAGGAGAGUCGGCAACACCGGUGGGAUGGCCGCGAUUCAGUUGUCUACGGAGCACAAUGCGAAUUUUGAGGCUAUCAGGCAGGAGCUUAAGGAAUUGCACCCGAAUGACCCCCAGAUUGUUGUCCUCAAACAUGGAGUGUGGAGAGUAAAGGGAAUUAUUCAGGUUUCUAGAUCUAUAGGUGACGUAUAUAUGAAACAUGCGCAGUUUAACCGCGAACCCAUUAAUGCAAAAUUCAGACUCCCCGAACCAAUGGACAUGCCUUUCUUGUCUGCUAAUCCAACUAUUCUUUCUCAUACUCUCCAACCAAAUGAUUCCUUCCUUAUAUUUGCAUCAGAUGGUUUAUGGGAGCACUUGAGUAAUGAUCAAGCAGUGGAUAUUGUUCACAGCAGUCCACGCGCGGGUAGUGCCAAGAGACUUGUCAAGGCUGCCCUACACGAAGCAGCAAGAAAGCGUGAAAUGCGAUAUUCAGACCUUUACAAGAUUGACAAGAAGGUUCGUCGCCAUUUUCACGACGAUAUAACUGUUAUUGUUUUAUUCUUAAACCACGACCUUAUAUCCAGAGGCGCAGUUCUAAAUACGCCACUCACAAUUCGAAGUGCUCUCGAUCACUGACUCUUAUGAUUUGUAAACAUGCUUCUCUUAUACGGGUGUUCUGGCAACUGUGCCAAUUCCAGAAAAUACACCAUUGGCACGUUGCUAGAAUAUACCAUUCAUAGUGCUGCCACGUAUGGUUACUGAUAACGAGACAACUUAUUGAUGACGCACGAACUUGUAACACUUGUUAGAAAUUUAUCCAUGAAAAUGAAAAAGAAAAAAAAAUCAGAAAAGUAAUUUUGUCUAGCAAUUUGUCAAAUCCCCUAGAAUUAAAUAAUGCUGUUAUUAGAAGGAAGUGCUUGAUCUAAUCUCCGUGCAAAUUUCGUGCACGAGCAAAGUUGUAUCAUGUAUGUAAGAGUUCAUGGAUAAUCCUCAAUCAGCUUGUUGAUUGAAUGAAUUCAAUUAUUUGAUCAGAAGAUAUGUUAGAGUUUUCGUGUAUAA